AUGGGCAAACGCAAGCGGGCAGAUGGCGCCCCUAAUGAAGCCCCGGAAAAGAAGUCGGUUAUUGCAAAAAAAGCCAAAACAUCCAAGCCAUCAACAACCGCAGUCGCAGAAAGCUCUUUUCCAGUAACUAUCCAAGUUGUUACGGGAUCUUAUGAUAGGAUUCUUCACGGAUUGACCGCCACAAUAUCGGCUGAUGAUCAAGUCGAAUUCGCAGACACUUUCCUCUUCAAUGCGCACAACUCUGCGAUACGAUGUCUAGCGCUAUCGCCCCCCUCAGCGCCAGAGCCUGGCAAACUACAGAAAGUUAUGCUGGCUUCGGGCAGCAGCGAUGAACGGAUCAACGUAUACAACAUCUCGGCGCACCCUCCCAGCCGCAAGCAACAAGACGCCUUGUCCUCCGCCGCACCUCGAAAGAUCCUAGAGAAUCCGAGGAAUCGGGAGAUAGGCACCCUACUACACCAUUCCUCUACGGUCACGAGGUUGUCCUUUCCUACAAAAUCCAAGCUCAUCUCUGCCUCGGAAGAUUCUACUAUAGCUGUCACUAGGACUAGGGAUUGGUCGUUACUUUCAUCUAUCAAGACUCCUAUACCGAAACCCCAAGGCCGGCCAAGCGGCGACACGGCGCCUCUGGGUGCCACGCCUGCCGGUGUUAACGAUUUCGCCGUCCACCCUAGCAUGAAACUCAUGAUCAGCGUUAGUAGAGGCGAGCGAUGUAUGAGACUGUGGAAUUUAAUGACGGCAAAGAAGGCCGGUGUGCUCAAUUUCAGUCGGGACAUGCUGCAAAGUGUAGGAGAAGGGAAGCAUUCUUCAGGGGAAGGUAGGAAGGUGGUAUGGGGCAGCACCGAAGACGGCGACGAAUUUUGUGUUGGGUUCGACAAAGACGCCUUGGUGUUCGGCAUGGACAGUACGCCGAAGUGUAGGGUUAUGCCAGACCCGAGGAGGAAGAUACACGAACUCAACUACGUUACGAUAGACGCAGCGAACGAUUCGUCACUGCUCGCCAUUUCGACGGAGGACGGGAGAAUAUUGUUCUUGUCUACCAAAAAUGAGGAUUUAAUCCCAAGUACAUCUACAGAGGAGAGAGGGAAAAUAUCACUACCCAUGGCCAAAUUGAUCGCACAGAUUGGUGGGAAAGACGCCGGGGUCUUGGGACGAAUCAAGGAUUUCUCUAUAAAUAGGAUCUCCGGGAAAGGUGGAGAGGACGGAUUAAUUAUAGCGGCCGGUAGCAGCGAUGGCAAAGUUCGUGUCUUCAAGCUCGGCGUCGAGGAGUUGAGGGAGGCGAGGAAUUCAAAAAUUGUACCGACAGUAGGCAAGUUAUUGGGCACCUACGAGACUCAAAACAGGAUAACGUGCGUGGAGGCGUUUACAAUGAUACCCCGACCAGAAGGUGUAGAGGAGACGUUUGAUAUCUAUUAUCACCUGGCCUUUGCCAUGUCCGAAUUUCAAGGAGACAGCGGUCCUCCUUUAUUACGGCCCAUUCCUCGCCGACCAUUCGACUUGUAUCGCAGGGAGCCUACUCCCCCGGAGGAUGAACCGUUCAUCCCUCCUACCAAUUCAGAACAUGGCUCUUCGCUAAAUCUAGACGUUCUAAACUCUCGCCUCCUCGACCGAAGAAACAACGGCUCCGUACCCGAUUCCGCUUCGAUUAGCCGCGCCCAGUCCGCGCUCGACAUAACAGGUUCGACACUGAUGGGCAUCUACAAUCAAGCGAACUUCAGUAAGGAUAAGCUCAAUUACUUGGGCGUGGAUGAGCCAGGUACACCCUGGGGCACCGGUGCCGAGACGCCCGCCAAGGGCGUGAAGGUUGACAGCCCGCACUACGAGCUACAGAAGGAGAGAGCACAGCCAACUCGGAGACGAUCAUCCCUGCAUACAACGAUACGACCACAACCAUUGUCUGUCUCCCAGCGUGCAUUGUACCUAGGCUCACGAGGCCUAUUUCUAUUCGGUCUGGGCGUGCUAUACGGGAUGCUGGUCGCUCAGCUGAGGGACAGGCGGCAAGCCACCGGGGCUUUUCAGAUCAACGGCGCACUCAAGGGUACACAUAAGGGCUACGAUUGGGGAGGCUUGGCGUUUUGGGGCGUGUCCGCAGUUGUGAUGGGUAGUUUGUUACCAUGGAUCGACGGCUUGUGGGAGGGAGUUAUUGGGGGUGACGAAGUGGUCGUCGAGUCCGCCGCAGACCAUGGGAUGGGUAGUGACAUCGCUGAGAAGGAGUCUGCUUCGUCCAGCGACUGGGCGCUUGCGGUAAGAGGCAUUGGGGCUUUUGUCGGGAUCGCCUUUGCCAUUAGAAAGCUGCCGUGGGACUCGACUUUGCAAGUCUCACUCACGCUGGCUCUCGUAAAUCCAGUGCUGUGGUUCCUAAUUGACCGCUCGAUGCCCGGCUUCCUCCUAUCAACCACCGUCGGGAUAGGCGGGGCUAUGGUGUUAAUGGGAUUAAAGCCGGACAUGGUUCCAGCCCCAACGAACCCGUCAGCCUCCAUAUUUCCUGGGUACGACGCACAGUACGAUAAUACGACUAGCAGUUUUUCCCAGCAGCAGCAGCCGCCACGGGAGUUGGUCUCAUUUGGCGGGUUGACGAUUACCCAAGAGAAGUUCGGCACGGUUAUUUUUAUGAUGAGUAUCCUGUUCUGCUGCUGCGUAUGCUUUGGGAAUAUCGGCCGCUGGAUCGCACUUAACCGGGGCACCGCCACGAGGGGCAGAUGGGCUGAGCGGCGGUAA